UUGGUGGCAGUAUCAUGAUGUGAAGCGUGGCAGUAUCAUAAUGUGAAGCAUGGUGGUGGCAGCAUCAUGAUGUGAAGCAUGGUGGUGGCAACAUCACGAUGUGAAGCAUGGCGGUGGCAGUGUCAUGAUGUGAAACGUGGUGGCAGCAUCAUGAGGUGAAGCAUGGUGGUGGCAACAUCACGAUGUUUCUCAGCAGCAGGUCCUGGAAGGCUUAUAAAGGUUGAGGGUAAAAUGAAUGCAGAAAAGUCUAGAAAAAUCCUGGAGGACAACCUGAUACAGUCUGAAGAGAACUGAGACUUGGAGAAGAUUAGUUUUCCAUCCAGACGAUGAACUGAAACAGCCAAAGUUCCACAGAAAUGGUUUAAAAACAACAAGGUGAAAGUUCUGGAGACCGAGUCAGAGUCCAGACCUCAGUCCAUCUGACAAUAUGUGGAUGGACUUGAUAAGAGUUUUUAACUCAUGAUCCCUGUAGAUCCUGACAGAGUUUGAACAGUUUUACAAAGUAGAAUGAGGUAAAACUGCAGCGUCCAGAUGUUCAGGCUGAUUGAGACCAGCACAGGAUCAAUGAUGGAACUGCAGACAAAUCUGCAUCUACCACAUACUGACUUACUGGGGUCAAAUUCUUAUGCAGUCACUUACUUUAUGUUUUCUAUUUUUAAUUAAUUGACAUUCCUUAGUAGAAAUCUGCUUUCACUUUGACACGAAAGAGUCUUUUUGUAAAUUCUUGUCAGAACAGUCAAAUUACAUUGACUAUUGUUGAAAAGCAAUGAAAGCAGGAAACUUGCAAAGGAAGUGAAUAGUUUUUAUUUGCACAGCAAGCUAUGGGGAAUUCCAGUCUCCAUUGUGCUUUUUUUGUUUUGUUUUGGUGUGGUUUUAUUUCCUGUUGGCUGCAAACUUUUUGACAACAACAGUUCUUUUGGCCUUGCAGCAGUAUAACAAUAAAACUGAGACCAAUUAAAGCAGCAAAGCCUUACUGGCCUUGACUGUUAAACAUUGUCAAGGCUGCAAAUAUAAGACAAACUUGCUUUACUCGUCAUAAUAAUAUAUUGAGGCAACACAUUAAUUAAAUGGAAUGCAGUAGUAAUUAUAGUCUGGUGAGCAUAUUUUCCAAGAGUUUGACAGGAAGGUCAACACCUCUCGUCUCGCAGGAAGGUACUUUAACAUAAAACCACUCUGGUAUCUAAAAUGAAUUGGAAACAACAAUUAGCGGACUAGUAUUAAAAAAAUACAAUCUAAUAUGGCAAACAUUCCACUUGUGGAUCUAUAACACCAUAAAAUCAAAAACUACCUACAGUCAUCUCAUAAGAAAUGUGAAAAUCACAAAAUCUAUGAAGGAAUGUAUGUAGAACUAUCCGGAUACACAUUAUAGAAUUCCAAAUCAGAUUAAACAGCUUUAAUGGAUCAAAUAUAAUACAAAACAAAUACACUCAAAACAUUUUCACAAUGGACUGAAUUGGAUAAUCAACGCAAAAAUGUCAGGACCCAAAUAACUAGCAAUUAAUACGCUAAAGUAGGGCUAGUUAAAAGAAUAUACUUGAGGGAACACUGCUAGUUUACAAAAUAUAUAUAUAUAUAUAGAAUAAAACCAACAAUCACAAAUAUGUACUAAAAACUUCAUUUGGGCUUCCAAAGGUUUUUAUUUUAGUUAAAUCCACCAGGUUCAUGUUGUGAAUCUUGAACCUCUAGUAAUUUGUAAUAAUUGCAGGCCGUCAAUGAUUUUAAACCAACGUGAAUCGGCCAUGUUUGUAAUUUUUAAAAAACCUGCAACAUUUUACCAAACAAGGGAUGCUUAGGCCAAAAGGUAGCAAAUUAUCAAAUGUGAGGUGCCUUCGCCCUAAAACAUACCCUGCUUUACAGUCUAUUUUCCACUUGAUGGGACCAUAAUUUACAAAGUAAACAUCUUACUGUGUUGAAGGAGACUUAAAACCAUAAACUCAUUAGGAAAAUCUUUACUGAGGUGAUAAAUCAAGUGAGAAGUAGGUUAAUUUUUCAUAAACUUCUAUAUAAUCUGAUGUCAGAGGAGUCGCCCCCUGCUGGCUGUUAGACAGAAUGCUGAUGAUUAGAUGCUAUGUAUGACAGCAUGAAGUAAAAAAGAAUUUGCUGCAUUUCAGUUAUGUGGAAGCCUUUUGAUAUCUGUGCAUAAUGUCAGUGAAUUCAGGUGAAAUACAAACUUUGCUUAUGCUGUGUGAAUCCACAGCAUAAAAUCAAAAGGUCAUCAGGUAAUAGUCCCAUAGAUUGUAUAUAAAGUAUGGAUGUAGCAACCAUCACAUUAUGUUCAAGUUUUGCCAUCUUCAUCUUUUCAAAUUGUACAUAACAAGCAGAGAAUGUGCAGGCCCAUAAGGUAGCAAAUUAUCAAUCAUGAGGUACCUACACCUUAAACAUACCCUGCUUUACAGUCUAUUUUCUACUAAAUGGGACCGUAAUUUACAAAGUAAAGAUAAUGUUAUGUUGAAGGAGAAUUGAAAUUAGUAAUUAAAACCAUAAAGUCAUUAGGAGAAUCUUUAUUAAGGUGGUAAAUUAAGUGAGAAAUAGGUUCAUUUUCCAUAAACUUCUAUAUAAUCUGACAUCAGAGGAGUUGCCCCCUGCUGGUUGUUAGACAGAAUGCAGGUUUAAUGCUUCACUUUUCACAUCUGCAAUAUACAUCACUUUUUCUUUAACGAUGCAUUAAUUAAUGCAGAUAUUCAUCAUGGUCAAUUACUGAUUAAAUAACCCAGGUUUUCUGCUUAGUAACGUGCUCAUAAAGGCCUCAGAUCAGAGUGUUGCAGCACAACCAGACGUCAGCAGCUCUCUAAUGAACACCGGCUCAGAUCACAGUGGACAUGGACGCUAAUCAGUGUUAAAGUGCUCCUUUGUUUACCUUCAGGGAGAUGGGCCGGAGGCUAAAGGGGAUCUCUGACUGAAUCAGCUCCUCAAAGAGCGGGCUGAGAGUUAUUAUGCAAAGCAGACUUCAGCGUGACCUUCAUCCUCUCCUGCUGACAGAUGAGGCCUCUGGCUGAGCUGCAGUGUUUCUAAGCAGUUUACUCAACUUUCCUCAACAGUCGAAUGCACGAGUCGACUUUCUGACACCGUCAUAUACCUUAUAUAAAGGAGAUGACGCUGUGUUUUAAAACCAUGUUGCUUGUAAGUUUCAAUUAGCAAUAACUACGAUGCACAAUUGAUGAAUAUUUGAGUGUCCGCUGAUAAAUUUCAUAUUUUCACACAGUGCACUGUAACUUCUCAUGGAGAAGAGUCAUAUUUCCUCUUGUUGUCUUUAAUCAUCAUAUUUUGUGUGUUUUCUAUUUUACGUUUACUGUGCUGCUUGGACUGAUGCACGGCAACACAAUAUUGUUUGGUUCAGUGAAGCCAAAUAAAAAGAUAUUCUGAACUUCAUAGUACAGAGACUUGAGAGAUCGUUUUAGUUUUUAAACUGUAUUAUACACUGCUUGUUGGAGGGAGGACACCAGAGCCGUAUCUGGCUGCUUUUGAUUGGUGAAUACAUGUGUCAAUCAUGUAGAGCGUGUAAUGAUUGGCUGACAUACACAAACCAACUACCAAUUUUAGUUUUAUAUUUUAUCCUAUACUGGAGGUCAGACUUCUUACAUCUGUUGCGCUCAUAGGCUUUUUAACUGGGGACGUUAUUAAAAUACAUCUGAAGCAGACGCGGAGUCAAAGCCCACAGAUUCAGAGGUAAGUUUAAACUUGAACUGGAGCACAUUGUUCGUUGACGAAGUGCUUACAGGCGCCGUUUUACGUUAGCUAAUGUUAGCUCGUCAACGACAUUUUGUGUUAUCUACUGUUAGCACACUAACGGUAUUUUGUGUUAGCUACUGUUAGCGCACGAAUGCCAUUUUAUGUUAGCUAUUGUUGGCUCAUAAAUGCCGUUUUGUGUUAGCUGCCAUUAGCGCACUAAUGCCAUUUUGUGUUAGCUACUGUUAGCGCACGAAUGCCAUUUUAUGUUAGCUAUUGUUGGCUCAUAAAUGCCGUUUUGUGUUAGCUACUGUUAGCGCACAAACGCCAUUUUGUGUCGGCUAACGCUAGAGGGCUAACGCUAGAGUGCUAACGCCGUUCUCCGUUAGCUAACGAUAGCAUGCUAAUGCUAACGCUCAAACAUUCAUUAACACAAAAUGGUGCCUGUAGCACUCAAUCACUAGCUUCUAACAUUUUGUCAACUUCGCUGGUGACUUUUUGUAUUUGUCAAACUUUACUAUCUUGUCGAAAACGGCGCCUAAUGCUUAUAAAGCUUAGAUAUUGUAAAAAUAAUGCUAAUGCUGUUCAACCCCGCUAAUCGGUUUUGAGGUUCAGGGUUACUUGUUGUACUUAUCUAAUUAUGGCUUCAUUUGCUGAAUUUCACUUGAUUAAUUUGCUGGUGUUGAUUUAAAAAAUAAUUUCAAGAUAAGAUAGAUACAUUAAGCCUCCUACAGUGGUAUAUUUUUUGGGUGUUUGGCUAGCUAAUUGAUAAAGCGCCUGUGAAUUUGAGUCUUAAGAUGUUUUGGUUUAGUUGUGAUAUGACCAUAUAUUCAAUAUUAUGUUAUUUUUAGGUUUUAUGUGUCGCCAGAUUAGUCUAUAUAGUUUUCACAAACAGUUUUGCUUCCUGUUAGCUUGUUUUAGUCAAGUGUCUAUGAUAUAUUACAGAUAUUGAGCUAGAAAGUUAUUUUAAGCUGAAAUGUGGAAACAACCUAGAUGCUAACAAGACUGCGUUGUAUAUUAUUUCUCAGAGCAUUUCAUUGCUGUUUCCAGUAUUUGGGUGACGAAAAAGACUUGAUGUCAGAUUUAAUGCUAAAAAAAAUCUUUAUCAAAUAAUUAUAGACAGCAACUACAACCUGAUACCACACUAUAAAAUUUGAUUUCAAUCACAAGAACGUGAAUUUUCCAACUAAUUAUAAGUUUCUUACAAUCAACAAGUAUUUAUUUUUGUUGGCUAUGUUUCUCCAUGUACAGCAACAAGCUGUGCAGCAAACUUUUGGCCGACUUUCUGAGUUGUUCAGACUUGUGGGCCUGAAUUUUAGCAGUUGGAAAAUCUUUUUCUGAUCAUUUGGACACUAUGUGAAUGCUGUACACUGUCUCCUUUCACCAACUGGACUCUGAUAUUCAGUUGUUUUGGUAAUUAAAUAGUUUUUCACUCUUUCUAACGUUACAUAGACCACAUAACUAGCAGACUAGUAAAGUAAUCAACAGAUUAAUCUACGGUGUGACUAAUUGUUUAGCUGCAGUCCUGGUGCAGCUUAAACUACACAAAAGGUUUUUUUGAAAAUUGCUAAAAUCAGUUUAAUCUCUACCAGUUAUAAUACUAAAAGGCAUCUUAAUUUAACUUGAAGUGCAUUUUGCUGUUUGUACUUAUAACACUUUCGCUUUUACAGGAAGUUCACUUGCAGGUCAGCAUUUUAAACAUUGUGCAUUUGCUUGUUUCACUUUCCUGUGAAAUGCACAGACUGCAAUUCAAAAUAUGAUGCAUAUGUUUGUUUGUCACACCUUCUUUUGUUAAUAACACAAAUCAAUCAUUUCAUAUUCCCUGUUUCUCCCCUCGAGGAUCUGGAAGUGAAAGAGCUUCACGGUGAGUCCUGCCCUCCUGUUCUGACUCCUGCACUUCCUGGUUCCACCCCGUCUUAUUUGACCUACUUCUGUGGGAAAUAUUUUCACAACGUGAGGCAGCAGCAGUCCAGUGUUUCGUUUAGACAAGCAACCGACCACAAACUGCAGAAAAAUAAGAACUUGAAACUUCAAGGAUGAGUGUUUACCAUCGAUCUACAUCCUUCCAAACAGCUGAGCUUUGAUCCAGUAGGCGACUUCACUUCAGAAACACAAAAAUGGCGUUUUCAUUUAAAGGGGCCACUUCUGGCGUCCUCCAAGAAAACCUCAUCAGAAGUCUGACGUCUUUCCUGCAGCUCUACGAUCAACAGGAAUUCAGUUUUCGUCAAGCGUCAGAGCGUUUCAGUCGGGUAGCAGCAGGCGACGAUGAGGGUUGUGAGGAUGUUUUUGCUGCGGCUCUGUUCGGUCUGUGCGGUGGAGCUGUGGGGGCAGUUUGUGGGGGCGUCACCGGCGGACUGUGGGGGGCUUUUGGGGCAGUUGGAGCAGCAACAUUCACCAGGUUCAACAGAGACAUUAAUGCCGUUGGUGCAACUGUCGGCUUUUUCGGCAGUGUUCUCGGUGGAGUCGUCGGCGGAGCAUUUUCCGGCUCCAUUGGUUCUGCCGUUGAUGUUGCGGCUAAAGUGGCCGGUUAUCACGUUCACUUCACACUCAGCAGAGCGCUCUGGUGCGGCGUCGGCUUCGCAACCGGCAGCGCAAUCGGCAGCGCUUAUGGCGGGUCGGUUGGUGAGUUAGGCGGGGCGGUCGGAGGGGCAUGUGGAGCGCUCCAUGCCACGACUAUCACAGUUUAUCUGGUGGGAAGCUUCAUCGACUGGUCCUCUAAAGGAAACAAUUCUACAGAUGAGGGCAGGCAGCUGGAGAGAGCGAACAGGACGCAGGGAACCAGGGAAGAUUUCAGAAAAGGUAUCGAACCGCUGGUGAGGGAGCUGAAAACCAUCCAACAGAUUAGCAACAAAAUGGCCUCCAGUGACGCUGUGAAGAGUGUUGCGGGACAAACAGCGAAGACUUUGGCUGCUGUGGACGAGAUGGAGAAGAACAUGAGCGACAGUCGGCCUCAGUUCUGUUGUGAAGAAGCAGCGAAGUGUUGCAGGAAAAUCACAGAAGAGCUGCAGAAGACGAGAGCAGAGGUGCAGAACCUGCUGGUUUCACUGCAGCAGCUGCAAAACAAAAACCUGAAAUAACUCAGAGCUCUUUAUUCCAUCUUUAACAUGGACGUAUGUGCUUUUAUUUUCUCUCUGCUAUUUGUUAGUUGGUUUCCUUCCCUGUCAUCUGUGUUUCAUGUGUUUAAACCUAAAUGUGAUUGAAACAGUAAAGUUAAGGUUCUGUGUUGUCAGUAGUCCUGAAAAUCUGCUGAGUCUCUGAAGUUAAACUGGAGAAAACAGUAAAUCUACUCUCUAGUCGUUAACAUUGUUUAAUGACUGAUUCACAUGUUGUAGUACAUCUUAGUGCAGAUUAGAAAAAUAACCUCCCAGAAUAUGAUCAAAGUAAUGAUGAACACUACAGUUAUUACAUUUAAAUUACAGCACAAAUAAUAAAAUCCUCUACCCUAAAGUUAAAGUGACUACAGGCCUUUCUGUCUUUUAGUGCUGGGAAAACUAUAUAUGACAGAGGAAAUCUUUCCAGGGUCACUUUAAAAUGAACCUCUGCUGUUGAUGCUGAUACUGUGACGUCUGUCUUCAUCUCAGGUGUCUAAUAUUCACUGUUAGGAUCUUCUGAGUGAAGCCAUCAGAAGGAAAACCUCAUCUGGUUAUAAAGGAGACUGAAUGGAUGACAUCCUCAGUGAAUCAUUUCCAGUUAAGCUUUCACUUACAGGACAGAUCAACUCUCAGCAGUUUAUUAUUCUCUGUUCUUGGUAUUCACAGGUUCUGUUUAUCACCUUUAACUUCAUCUCUGCUGUUGUAGCAUAAUGAUAAUUGUGGGAUUUCUAUGAUACUUCUAAAUGGAGUUCUUAUACUGUUUUUAUACUAACGGCUUGCUUUUAUAGAACCAUAUUCCUAAUGUUUUGCACUGUUUAUGAUGAUAUUUUACACUGUCUAUGAAAAUGGAAAAGUACUGGAUGAGUGAGGCAUGCAAGAGUGGAAAAGAACUAGGUGAAAAGUUAUGAUGGAGACUCUGUUUCAAGGUUGUGCUGGAAGACACUGUUUCACAGAUAAGAACAACUGCUGAGGUUUCAUCCUCCCCCACAAAGAGAGGGGAACCAUCUUCAGGGCUGUGAGGUUUGGAGCAUCCAGAUUGGGACAAAAGAUGGCUGCUGAUACGCAAAGGAGGGGGUUAGAUGCACAGAAGACAACCAACCAGCAGAAAGACACCCUGAAUGCUUAUGCACCUGUGAAACUGGAUAUAAGGCUGGGUCAGGAGAAGAAUAGUGUGUCAGACUUCGUGAACUGACAAGAACUCUGUUGUUGUCAGGGAUAGGAAGUUGGACCCAGAGCUCUGUACUAUAUUCAAUGUAUUUGUAAUAAACAUACUGAAUGAGA